CAAACCUUGCAUAGAGACGGGCUUUUCCCAGUCCUUAUCUCUCUCACUCGGAUACUCGCAGGUAUCAUCGUGCUCGAUCUUGAGCCAUGAGCAAGCCCCAUAGGCCGCCCUCCGGUCAUACCAACCUGGCCUCAUGCAUUGUGGCCACCAUUUUUUUAAUCUUCGUUCUCAUCAUCAUCCUCAUCGUCUACUUCACCGUCUUCAAGCCCCACGACCCCAAGAUCUCUGUCAACGCCGUUCAGCUUCCCUCCUUCUCCAUCUCCAACGGCACCGUCAACUUCACCUUCUCCCAGUACGUCGCCGUCCGUAACCCCAACCGGGCCGUCUUCUCCCACUACGACAGCACCCUCCGGCUACUCUACUCCGGCAGGCAGGUCGGUUUCUUGUUCAUACCCGCAGGCAAGAUCGACGCCGGCCAAACCCAGUACAUGGCUGCCACCUUCGCCGUCCAGUCCUUCCCGCUGACGACGGCUCCGCAGAGUACUGUUGGCGUCAUGGGAACCUCCUUCCUCCCCGGAGGCGGAGUCGCUGGCGGUGGGGGUGGGUUCCGGAUCGGGCCAACCAUGGAGAUCCAGUCACGGCUGGAGAUGGCGGGCCGGGUUCGAGUGCUGCACUUCUUCACGCAUCACGUGGACGCUAGAGCGGGCUGCAAGGUCGUCGUCGCUGUGAGUGAUGGAUCUGUCUUGGGUUUCCACUGCUAACACUUAUUUAUUCCAUAAUUCGUGUAAUUGUAGUUAGUCUUUCUUUUGGGGAUUUUGGUUGUUUUUUAGUAUCAAAUUUGUAGCACUACCCAGAAUUGUUAGGAAAAAAGUGUAUAAAAUAACUCAUUGAUCUUCUGCUAAAA